AUUCUAUUACAGAGGAUGCGAAUAUUAGAUCGAUACAAAAGAACAAACACUGAGAACUCUUGAUAAUUAUCAAUUGCAAAUGUCCUUAAUAAUAUAAAAAAAAACAUAGACACCAAUUUGUUGAUUCAUAUUUUAUAUAAUAGUUCGUUCGUUGCGCAUCCAAUUAGCGAUCAAAUAAACGGCAAAACGGAAGCGAAAAACACUUAUAAGUGAAUAAAAGAAUAAACACAUUCCCACGAGUAUAAAGUUUUAAUGUUUCUAAUUGAAAUUGUUUAGUUAAAACGCGUUGAUAAACAGAUGAGUUCGAUUAAAACCUUAGUGAUAUUCUUCUAUGCAUUUUGGAACAUGCGAAUAUGUGUAGAACGUAAAUGCAUAUAAAUAAAAACAUCACACAGAAUAGCCGAUAUUAAUGACUCGUGUUAGAGUAAUUUACGAUUCUUCGAAAGGAUAUCAAAAUAAUACGCAUACAAAACUGCAUUCUUACGUUUACGAAGAAUUUAGAAUUAAUGGCAUACGAGAAUGAACAAACUUAUUGAUUAUAAAUCAAUAUUUGAUUUUCAUCUUAUCCGAUAUAAAUUUAAUUGUACUAAAAAGAAUAUCAACUGUCUGAUAUCAUCUGGUAACUGAUAACUAAUAUCAACUGUCUGAUAUCAUCUGGUACCUGAUAACUAAUAUCAACUGCUCUUUAUUCUUUGUCAAUGUCACACAAAAAAUCAUGUAUAUUUUCAAUAUUGUCCUAUAUUUUAAACGUUCAAAAUUGGCCUAUACGCACGUCCGAUCUGGUAUGCGUAACAAUCUUUUUCCAGACGUGGCAGUACAUCACGGUGGGAAAACCGUGCAAAUUAAUGUACGCCAUAAUACCACCAAUGCUUCAUCCGAAUCUAAAAAAUAUACUAGUAUCUCUCGAUUACAAAGAUGGUUAAUAGGAAUAUUCAUUUUCCUGCUAAUGUUUAUCGUAGUUAUCAACAGUUACUCUACCAGACAAUUUCGUAUUAUUCAUUUUGGUAACAUCGAGAAAGAAACUAUAGAAGAUAAUUAUGAAGAACCUUUUAUAUCGAUCGAGAAUACCGGAUAUCUGGUUAGCACCAAAGGUUGUAAAAUACCAGCAAUGGAACCAUUCGAUCGAGCGAUUAUGCGUUUUAUUCAAAAAGAAAAACCAAUAGUAUGUAAAGCUGGAACGAUACCACCGCUUGUCGAAUCAAAUAACUUUCUGGUUUAUGUAAAUCCAUUUUCGCGAAUGCUUUAUUACAAUCAAUCAACGGAUAUCGUUAAUUGUUGCUGGAAUGCUUUCGAACGAAUGAGAAACAACGAUAAUGCUAACACAUAUAACGACGAUUGUUAUUUCUUCAAUGAAUCUAAUCAGGUUACCGCGGAAUUCAUAAAAGUCGAAUGUUGGCGAGGGAAAGAAAUAAUAUAUAAAGAUUAUCACGCCUUCGUACCUCGAAAACCGGACGUUGAAAAAAGAUGCGAACUUGCUACGAAAACGAAUCCCGUUGAAAAUCGAUUAAGUAUUCUGGUGAUAGGUGUUGACUCGGUUUCGAGAUUGAACUUCCGUCGAAGUAUGCCAAAAACUGUUAAAACUUUAGAAAAUUUGGAAGCAGCGGAAAUGCUAGGCUAUACGAAAGUUGCCGAUAAUACUUAUCCAAAUCUUAUAACUGUGCUGUCCGGCCUAAAUCAAACAGAAUUGGAAAAACUCUGUUGGCAGCAUAAAAAGAAAACGUUCGAUCAAUGUCCGUUCAUUUGGAAAACCAUGAGUUCUGCUGGAUAUCGAACGAUAUUCGCCGAGGAUGCCUGUCACAUGAGUAUCUUUAAUUAUUUAAAACCAGGAUUUAUGAAAGAACCAACAGAUUAUUACCUAAGACCGUUCUGUCUCGAAAGCGAAAACGAUAUUGGUAACACCAAUAAAUUGAACGCGAAUCUUUGCGUUGGUACAAGAUUAACAUUCGAGAAUCUUCUAGAUUAUACUAAAAAAGUAGCAACAACGUUCCCGAAUGAUCUUUAUUUUGCAUUUACCUGGAUGGCUAGUUUGACCCACGAUUAUUUGAAUUACGCGCAAUUAAGCGACAAGGGUUACAACAAGUUGCUUGAAUUUCUUUCGAAAAAACAAUAUCUCAACAAUACCGCUUUAAUAAUGAUGAGUGAUCACGGUUUGAGAUUCGGACAAUUUCGUCAGACGUUUCAGGGCAAAAUGGAAGACAGUCUUCCGUUCUCCUUUCUGGUUUUACCAAAAUGGUGGAGAGACAAAUAUCCCGUGGCUUGGGCUAACAUGCGUAAGAAUAUGCGAAGUCUAACCACCGGAUUCGAUUUACACGAGACGUUAAAAGAUUUAGCGGAUCCUAGAAGGGUGGAAGAGGAAACUUUGAGACAACGAAGCGAACAAAUUUCCAAAGAGAAUAUACCGCGUGGUAUAAGUUUAUUUUUACCUAUACCCGAUUACAGAACAUGCAAUAUGGCAGGAAUACCAGGUAACUUAUGUAUGUGUCACAGAUCGGAAGAUAUAUCGCUCGACGAUAUAGGAGUUAAAAAUAAUGUUCAAUAUCUGAUGCAAGUGUUAAACGACAUGUUAAGGAAAUAUCCCCUUUGCUCCACGUUACAUUUACGAACGAUCAAACAAGCCAAAAUAUUGGCCAAUGCAAACGAAUCGUCUUGGAUCGAUUAUUCGAUACAAUUUCAAACAUAUCCAGGAGAGGCCAUAUUCGAAGGUAUGGUACGUUAUAGAAAAGACGAAAAAUCUUACAAUCUGCUCGGAACAAUUGGCAGGCUUAACGCUUACGGUAGCCAAAGUGCGUGUAUGACCGAUUUUAACAUGCGCCUUUAUUGUUACUGCCUUUAGGCGCGUCACAUAUCUGAUCAACUUUAGACUGGUGAUAUUUUGUAGUAUUUUAAAUAAAUAUUCCUAAGCCA